AUGCUAAUACGCGUGCUCACUAAUAAUGCUGGACACCUUCGACUGACGAAUCGAUAUCUCCGGUCCGCAGUCACACAGGGGUUUUUCAGGUCCUACGUCCGCUCCAGGCGUGUCAAGCUCACAGGGACUGACCUUCAAAAGCUAGUCGUCUUGACACAACGUGGCUGGCUAGGCUGCGAAAUCCGCGAUCUGACGCUCUUUGGGGUGGUGAAUAAUACCAAGGCUCUUGAGGCAGCUCUCAAAGCAAAUGCAGAUGAUCCCAGGAAACGAGACCUGGAGAUUCUCCAGGAGCGGCGACAAGCUUAUCAACAACUACUGGAAUCGGGCCAGAUUGUGCAGCUUCUCAGUCAGAUCUUUAGGAACCUAGCGGCGAACAGCGCAACUGGGAAGCGUCCAUCCCUCUCUCUCGCCGUCACGGUUUACCGACAGGACACGCAAUUGGAGUCAACUCCCCUAGCCGGCGGUAGUUGGAGGCUCAUAUGGCAGACCGCAGCGGAGACUUUCCGCGUUGUAUUAGCGGCUCUAAAGGAGAGCAAACUGGAGGUUGACUGCUUGAAUGUCUUUAGCGGCGCCCUGCUGCAGAAGUGUAGCCUGGAAUCUCUUGAGCUCACCCAGAUCGACUACAACAGCGAGGGACUCAUCAAGGCCCUUGGGGCUCUCAAGGCUUUGUCUGUCAGCAUCUCAGAACGGAUUAUCGACCUCAACCCCCUAUCCGCACAGCUGUCUGACGAACCAGCUGAUGAGGUUGACUGGUCAGACGAUGAGCCUGAUAAAGACAUCAACGAAGUCAUCGCGGAGGCACAAGACGACAACAAUUUCGUUGGCCUGGCGAGUCUGUUACGUGUCUGCCACGCGCUGAAGAGCCUACAUAUACACCAGUAUCUGAUUGACUUUCAUAACCUCUCCUCCAACACUCGCAGCCCAAAUGAGAGGCUCUUCCAGCGUAUAGCGGAAUUAGACAGACUGCCAGAGCUAGAAGUGUGCUCUCUGCGGGGAGUGUUUGUCCGCGAGAUAGACCUACUUGCAUUCCUGAAGCGAGUACAUCUCCGUCGGCUCUCCAUGGAGAAUGUCGUGAUGGUCUCUGGUACAUACAGGUCAAUCUUCGAUUUUUGCACCGAUGAAGCCUCGGUGCUAUCAUUUCUGUAUCUUGACGAGCUGAUGAUCCAAAACGACCUGAUAUACUUUACAGGGGCCGGGGAACCCAGGUUUCAAACUUGGGUCGGUGCGCACGGCAGCAAUACACUGAAGAGAGAAGGCGAGGAGCUAAGACAGCCCAUCUUAUAUCACCUACCGGAUGAGCCUGCAAUACCUAUGGCAUCUCCUGCGAGGCAGGAAUGGCUACUUCAACAACGACGAGAAUACGGGCCUCCGAAGAAUGCCAACACCGCCUCAACAGGGCCAAAGGAUAUCCCCGAGAGCAUCCCCGCCGACAGACUCGCCCAAGGUGCAUACAAACUGGCACAAUCCGUCCUACCAGAGACCAUAUUAAACCACAGCACUCGGGUAUUCCUCUUCGCGCAAUGGCUCGCCCAGCGCGAGAAUUCCGAAUGGGCAUCGUCUGAGAGACUCAGUCUCCUCGCCGUCGCCUGUCUCCUGCACGACGUCGGAUGCGCGAGCCAAUUCGACGGCCCUCAACGCUUCGAGGUGGAAGGCGCUGACGCGGCGGCGGAUUAUCUCCGCCAGCACGGCGUUCCCGACUCCGAUGUGCAUGAGGUCUGGCAGGCGAUUGCCCUGCAUACCAGCCCGGGCAUUGCGCAGCGCAUCAGUGUUUGUGCGCGUUUCGUGCACCAAGCUGUCCUACUUGACUUUGGAUCGUCGCUGGAUCAGGAAAGCUGGGAGUUUCGCCAUCGUCUUGAGGAGGUGUUUCCGCGGAAUGGGAUUGAAAAGGUCCUCGGCGAUACUGUCGUGGACCAAGCGCUGCGGCAGCCUCAGAAGGCGCCGCCGCCGUCGUGGCCGGGGAUUUUGCUACGUGCCAAAAAGGAGAAUCCUGAGUGGACGGGGGUUAACAAAGCGUUUGGACCGUCGCCUGUGAUUACAGAUAACAGUGGCCGUUCUUCAUCUGACUGA